GCCAUUUUCACCACUCUCCUUCUGUGCUCUAUCACUAUCUCUAGUUUGCUCUGUUCGCCUCCCAAUUAUACCCUCUUCGUUUCCUCUCCAAUAUCAUCUCACUCUCUUCAAUAAAAUUCAAAUCAAACCCCCAAAAAAUCACCGAAAUUCGACCUCGAUUAGCUCAAUUUCCAGUUCCUCAUGCCUCUCGUCUGAUAUUCAGUGAUCUUGUUUGUUUUUGGUCAACAUGAAGAGAGAGCUAGCUUAUGUGGUUGCAGUUCAGUCCCAGCUUGCUGGCUCUCUUGGUCUUAGCCGUGGUGUCCCAAUUGAUACACAAUCGCAGCCGGAAACGUCUGAGGAUGUUAACUGUAAGAGAUUCAAAGUUGCUAAGGUAAAUGGUUUCAUUGUUUAUUCUAGAGCUAAGAAGAAUAGAGCUAGUGAAUGUGAUAAAACCAGUGAGGAUGUGAAAAUUAAACGGAUUAAUAGUCAAGUGGAUGCCAAACUAGAUGUAAUCAAUGGAAUAAAUACUUCAUUUGAUGAGGAUCUGAAGUGCCGACUAGUUGAAACUACGAUUGAAGAGAACCAAGCGGUGGUUGGAACUGUAAGCCGAGCUGCCGAAGAUGUAAGCGGAGACCAAUGUUUUUGCAAUGUUGAAUUGCCUGUCUAUAAAGAUGAACCAAUUAGUGUGCCUAGGCCAAUAGAGGGGGUGCAAAAAUGGGUUGCUGAGGGUGCUGAGGUGAAGACCAACAAGAUGAGACGGUUGACACGGUCAACUUUGAAGUUUAAGGUAGAGCCUGUGGAGGUAAAAGUUGAUGGAUUAGAAGCGAUUGAUAGUGAAAUGUUUUCAAAAGUAGAUGUGGAGAUGAUAGCUGAAGGAAGUGCGUUGACCCCACCUAAGAAGAAUUUAGAAUUGAAAAUGUCGAAAAAGAUUGCGUUGGAUAAUGUGCCGAUGACCGUCAAGGAGCUCUUUGAGACUGGUUUGCUUGAGGGGGUUCCAGUUGUUUACAUGGGCGGCAAGAAGUUUCAGGCAUUUUGUCUACGAGGUAAGAUCAAAGAUGUUGGGAUUCUGUGUUCAUGCUCUCUCUGCAAAGGAUGUAGAGUUAUUCCGCCUUCCCAAUUUGAGAUUCAUGCCAUCAAACAAUACAGGCGCGCAGCACAGUACAUUUGCUUUGAGAAUGGGAAGAGCCUGCUUGACGUACUGAAUGCAUGCAGGUCUUCUCCUUUGGAUUCUUUAGAAGCAACAAUUCAUAAUGCUAUCAGUGGUUCACCAAAAGAAAAAACUUUCACCUGUAAGAGAUGCAAAGGUAGAUAUCCUACUAUUUGUGUUGGCAAAAUAGGGCCUCUAUGCAAUUUAUGCGUUGAGUCAAAGGAAUCUAAUGGCAGCCCUGCUUGUGAAACGGGUAUAAAGGCUAGCUUAGAAGAGCCAGUUCUGUCUGUUGAGUCUUCUGGAAGUGCUUCUUUGUCCACCCUUUCUCAAGAUAAUACUCUAAGGAUGAUAACUAGAAAGUCAUCAAAACCCUAUUUAAACACGAAGUUGUCAAGGAGUGCUCCAGUGCGCAUGUCUUCAAGGAACAAGAAUGAAUGGAAAAUAAUAACAAAGUCGUCAGAACCAGAAAUCAUCAUAAAAUCCUCAAAAAAUGCUUCUCUGCAUCUUUCCUCCCGGAAGAGGAAGCAAUGGAAGAUAACACCAAGGACAUCAAAACCUGCUACAGUGACAAAGUCCUUGAAAAGUGCAUUAGCAGGUGUCUCUUCACAAAAUAAGUGCCAGUGGAGAAUAACAACAAAAUAUCAGAGGUUACAUAGAUUGGUUUUUGAGGAAGGUGGAUUGCCUGAUGGGACUGAAGUAGCAUACUAUGCUCGUGGGCAGAAAUUGCUUCUGGGUUACAAAAGGGGCUUUGGAAUACUUUGUUGUUGCUGCAACUGUGAGGUCAGUCCCUCAACAUUUGAAGCUCAUGCAGGGUGGGCUACUCGCAAAAAGCCGUAUGCAUAUAUUUACACUUCUAAUGGUGUUUCACUCCAUGAACUGGCAAUAUCACUAUCAAAAGGCCGCAAGUAUUCUGCCCAGGACAAUGAUGACCUAUGCAUUGUUUGUGCAGAUGGUGGGAGUCUUGUGCUUUGUGAUGGAUGCCCAAGGGCCUUCCAUAAAGGUUGUGCAUCUCUACCAAGUAUUCCCCGCGGUAAAUGGUUUUGCCAAUUUUGCGAGAAUAUGUUCCAAAGGGAAAAGUUCGUAGAACAUAAUGUCAAUGCUGUUGCAGCUGGAAGAGUUGCUGGAGUUGAUCCUAUAGAACAGAUAACCAAGAGGUGCAUACGCAUUGUUAAAAACAUAGAAGCAGAACUCAGUGGAUGUGUGCUAUGCAGAGGUUAUGAUUUUAGCAGAUCUGGAUUUGGUCCACGCACAAUUAUACUCUGUGAUCAGUGUGAGAAGGAAUUUCAUGUGGGCUGUUUGAGGAGUCAUAAAAUGGCAAACCUAAAGGAAUUGCCAAAAGGGAAGUGGUUUUGUUGCCUGGAUUGUGGUAGGAUACAUUCUACUUUGCAGAAGUUGCUAGUCCGCGAAGCUGAAAAACUCCCAGUCUCUCUUUUGAAUGUUAUGAAGAAGAAGAAUGAGGAAAAAGGUUUCGAAGCCACUAAUGAUGAUGUGAGAUGGAGGCUUCUUAGUGGAAAACUCGUUUCUCCUGAAAGUAAAUUGUUACUUUCACAAGCUCUUGCUAUCUUCCAAGAAUGUUUUGAUCCAAUAGUAGAUGCAACUGGUCGUGACCUUAUUCCUUUGAUGGUUUAUGGGAAGAAUUCUAAGGGCCAAGAUUAUGGGGGAAUGUAUUGUGCAGUAUUAGUUGUCAACUCAUUUGUUGUGUCAGCUGGAAUACUUAGAAUUUUUGGGCAAGAAGUUGCUGAACUUCCUUUGGUUGCAACAAGUAAUGGUAACCAUGGAAAGGGUUAUUUCCAAUUGUUGUUCUCCUGCAUCGAAAAGUUGCUGGCCUUCUUAAAUGUUCAGAGCCUUGUGCUCCCAGCUGCUGAAGAAGCAGAAUCUAUAUGGAUCGAUAAAUUUGGUUUUCAGAAGAUAAAACCAGACCAGCUUAGCAAAUAUAGAAAAAGCUGCUGUCAAAUGGUAAACUUCAAAGGGACGUCCAUGCUGCAGAAACUGGUUCCUGCUUGCAGAAUUGUUAAUCAAAAUGCCGACUCUGUAGGAGUAUUGUAAAGAAGUGGUACGAGCAAUUUUUUGUUGUUAAAGGAAAGAAGCUUAGUGUUUUAUUUGAAUUUUUAUUUUAUUUUAUUUUCCUGUUAUUAUUAUUAUUAUUUUUUGGCAAUGUGCGUACAGACUUAGGUGUUCAAGGGAGAGGUGUAUAUUAUCAUCCUUGUAAUAUGUGACUGGUCUUUUACCGUUCUGAUCUCCAGAAGAAGCAAAUGCUACUCACUUGUGCUGACCA